UCCGUAGCGGUUCAUCUAUCUUUUUUGGGGUCGGCUGUGGUUGCAUAUUCGACGGCCGGAGUUUGUUCCAUCGCGAGAGCGUUCGAGGCGGCGACCUCGUUGGAAUCUAUGUGCAUUGGUGAGAUUAGGAGGGCUUGGAUUUGGCGACUCCGUUGGAUGCCUAUUUGUAUCCGGUGCAGGAUAAAUGCUUCUUGUUGGGGGUUUAGGGUUUUCGAGCUUGGUCCUUGUGGUCUCAUUCUUUCUUCCAUUGAUCGGCUUUUUCGUUAGGUGGAAAUGGAGGCUAUCUGUGGCCAGGCAAGCGGAUAUCCAGAGGCUUUUGAUUUUGGCCUCGGAGGAGACUGCUAGAGCGGAGCUUGAGGCCACGGUCGGAUACGGUGCAGUUUCCAUUUCUUGGAACUAUCACCAAUGCGCUGUUUGUUAUUGUCCUACUACUACUCGCUGCGCCCGCUGUAAAGCCGUUCGAUACUGUUCUCCUAAGUGUCAAAUUAUUCACUGGCGUCAAGGUCACAAGGAAGAAUGUUAUCCGCUUCCGAUUGUUGCACACCAAAAUCAUGAUGAGGGAGGUGAUGACGGCCAGAAGGUGAUAGAACAAGACCAAUAUGGAGACGGAUUUGAAAACGAAGAAAAGUUAGAUGCAAAGUUAACUAGAGCAUCCACCACAGAAUCUGCAUUGUUUAACUCCACAACAGAACUUGCACUGUUGAAUUCCUCUAGCUCUCCUGCGGUUUUACAUGGGAAGGAUGAUGAUGCAAGGGUUGAGCUUCAUGCUGAUGGGGAAGGACGGAACUCUGCUUCUGAAUCUUCCAGUGCUUCAUUUUCUGGAUUCUCUUCUUCUGCUGCUAGUAGUGAAUCAUCUGAUGAUGUUUCUGUGUGUGAGAGCAUAAGUUCAAAUGAGCCUGAUAAAUUAGAUAGUAUUUUUUCUGCUGAUGGCAAUCUUGACACCUGUUGGACUUCAUCUGUUGUCAACAAUUUGGAUCAAACCAAUCCAUCGUCCCCAAAAUUUGUUAGGCUGGUUGAUUCUGUAGAUAAAAUUUUGAAAAUAAAUAAAUUAAAUCAGACUAGGUCUGAUCAAAGUGGAGAGAGACAGUGCAGAGCGACUAGUUCUUCUGGAUCAGGUGGCAAUGAUAUGUGUGAGGGAUCAAUUAUGAAGGGUUCUAGAUUGUCUUCUGGUUUCUGGGACAGUACUCUGGAAUCAGUUCCAUCUACAAAUGUUGCUGGCAAUGAGUCUUUUAACUCUUAUCAUAAAAAAGGCGGUAAAGGUGCCUCACUUGAUUCUGGGUCAUCCUCACAUUUUUUGUUUACUUUGUCUGGAAAGGCUGCUUCCUCGCAUCCAUACAGCUCCAACGUGAAAGAUGCUAAAUUGGAUGAUGCUCCUCAGGGUGCUAAUACUUCAGGGCAUGCCAAGCUUUCUGGAGUAACUUUUUCAGAAAAUGUUGGUUUAGAUUCUUUGAAUGUCAGAAGCUCCAAGUCUUCAAAUUCUGGAUGGGCUUAUCAGGUUGAGUGUUGGUCUAACAAUAUUUUGCAUGCCGCAAAACCAAAAGAAGCUAUCAGUAUAGAUGUUCCACUAGUCAGUGAUUUAUCAUCUUCGUGUUUUGAAAAGUCAAGCUCUACUGCUUUCAUUAAUGGACCUAGAAAUGCUUCUCAUGCAUUAAAGUCAUCUGAUGCUUAUUCAUCCAAUGCCAGAGUGCAUGUUGUUUCCAGUGUGAAAUCUGGGAAAACUAAUGAUGUUCUCGCAAAUGUUGCUAAAUUACCUCAGGUUUCAAGUUCUUCUAAUUGUAAAAAUGGAUUGAAAACCUCCGUGUUGAGAGUUGUUGAUCAAUUCAGAGGAUCUAAAUUGCCAAAACUCUGUCAACUUGGAGCUUGUAAUGAGGAAUUUUUUUCGUAUGAAUCAUUUGUGAAACUUUAUAGUUGGAAUAAGGUGGAACUGCAACCUCGCGGUCUUAUAAACUGUGGAAAUAGUUGUUAUGCCAAUGCUGUCCUCCAAUGCUUGACUUUCACUGCUCCUCUGACUGCUUACUUUCUUCAUGAACUCCAUUCCAAAACAUGUGCAAAGAAAGAAUGGUGUUUCAUGUGUGAAUUUGAAAAUCUAAUUUUGAGGGCUAAAGAUGGGAGAUCUCUACUGUCCCCCAUAGGAAUACUAUUCCAACUACAAAACAUUGGUAGUCAACUUUCUAAUGGGAAAGAAGAAGAUGCACAUGAAUUUUUAAGGUAUGCUAUUGAUGCUAUGCAAUCUGUUUGUCUUAAAGAAGCUGGGGUAGUUUCAUCAAGUUGUUUAGAAGAAGAAUCGACUUUAAUUUGUCUAACAUUUGGAGGCUAUCUUCUGUCAAAGAUAAAGUGCAUUAAGUGCGAAGGCAAGUCUGAACGCCAUGAAAGAAUGAUGGACCUUACAGUUGAAAUUGAAGGAGACAUAAGAACCUUGGAAGAGGCACUUCGGCGGUUUACCAGGACAGAGAUAUUGGAUGGAGAAAAUAAGUACCAAUGUAGCAGAUGCAAAUCUUAUGAGAAGGCCAAAAUGAAGUUGACAAUAUUAGAGGCUCCAAAUGCUCUUACAAUUGCUUUGAAGAGAUUUCAGUCUGGAAAAUUCGGGAAACUUAACAAAGCAAUUCGAUUCCCUGAGAUCUUGAACUUGGCACCAUAUAUGAGUGGGACAAGUGAUAAAUCACCCAUAUACAAGCUCUAUGGUGUAGUGGUCCAUUUGGAUAUUAUGAAUGCAUCAUUUUCGGGUCACUACUUGUGCUAUGUUAAAAAUGCACAAAACAAGUGGUUUAAGAUUGAUGACAGCACGGUAACUCCUACAGAACUCGAAAGAGUCCCAACUAAAGGAGCAUAUAUACUUCUUUAUGCAAGAUGCUCACCGAGGGCCCCAAGAUUGUUGAGGAACAAAAGCAAGGCCAUUCCGUCCACAGUCAAUUCGAAGAAUCCACUGAAGUCAAGUUCUUCAACACAUUCUGGUCUCGAUGAAUUCUACCCCAGCUCGAUUCAUCGAGAUGCUUAUGGGAGCAUUGGAUCCUUUUAUUCAAAAUACAAUCAUCUGCAGAGGAUUUUAGAGGACUCAUCGUCAAGUGAUAGUUCUUCUCUUUUUAGCAGCAACUCUGAUGAAGGUUUUGCUGUACUGACAGCACAAAUGAUUCCACCAGUGCGGAUGACUUAAUAGAUUCUAUAUUCGGUGAUCCAAUAUAAUGGUGUAACAGCCCAUGGAGGAGUUCUGAUCCCGAGGCAUCUUCAUCUUCCUCUUCUUCCCCGAGGCAUUCACCCCUUGCUGAUUCAAACUGAUAUGCUUCAGGCUUGCCCGGAAUUUGCAACCUGCGAAUUAAUGGUGAAGGUAAGGGAGAUUAUCCUUUUUUCCAACUCCGACAUGAGUAAACAAUGUAGAAAGGUAGUAGUAGGUGUAGGGAAACUGAUCAAGAGAGAUUAGGAGGGGGUUAACACCCUUUAAAUGAUGCAUCUUUUAGAGAAAACCGAUGAGGGAAAGAAGAGAUUAAAAAUCUUAUUACGAGAUAUUGAGUUAAAAAAUAGAGGUAAAUAAGAUAUUUGGGGGGUGGGGAGAAGAUUGUAUAUGUAAUGUACUUAGCCUAGCUCUGUUUAAAGAAGGCAGUCCACGCCCUUUUUGCU